AUGCAAUCGUUUGUGGAGGUUCAAUCAAUGGCGACCAGAUACUUCUCCGCCUACGCUUCCAUGGCGGCCACCGUCAUGCUCUUCCGAUCGAUCGCCAACGACGCCAUCCCGCAGCCGAUCCGAUCCUUCUUCCUCUACACCGUCGGCCCUUACCUCCUCCGCCUCCUCCGCCAGUUCUUCCCUUCCUCCGACAAACCCGAACGCACGACCCUCGUCGUCGACGAAAAGGCCGGCCUCCUCCCAAACCAGAUCUACGAAUCCGCCGAGAUCUACCUCCAAACCAAACUCCGCCCGGACUCAGACCGCCUUCGGGUCCACAAGACCGCCAAACAGAAGACCAUCACCCUCGGUCUUGUCCAGAACCUGCCGGUCGAGGACCGGUUCGCCGGCUUCGACCUGACUUGGCAGUUUGUCCACGUCGAGCCGGACCACUCAUCCGAGAACUACCGUCAGGAGAAGCGCUACUUUGAACUGUCGUUCGACAAGUCAAACCGGGAGACCGUGGUCAACGACUACCUCCCUGUAGUCCUCCUGAGGGCCAAGGAGAUAAAGGAGAAGGAUCGACCCGUGAGGCUGUACUCCACCUCCACUCGCCAGUACUCUGGCGGCAGCGAAGAUGAUUACGACUACGGCGCUGGCCGGUCCGGAAUGUUGGGUUACGUGAACCUUGACCACCCAGCCACUUUCGAGACCCUAGCAAUGGACCCGGGCCUGAAACGGGCCGUGAUCGAGGACCUCGACCGGUUUGUGAGAAGGAAGGAUUACUACAGAAGAGUAGGCAAGGCUUGGAAGAGGGGUUAUCUCCUGUACGGCCCGCCUGGGACUGGAAAAUCGAGCCUCGUGGCAGCCAUGGCCAAUUACCUCAAGUUUGACGUGUAUGACCUCGAGCUCACGGGGAUGUACUCGAACAUGGAUUUGCGAACGAUGCUUCUCAACACUAAUAACCGGUCCAUUGUGGUGAUUGAGGACAUUGACUGCAGUCGCCAGAUGCAGAGUAGAAAUUGUAGAAAUCUCCAAGAAUCACAAGAGGAUGAGCAGCUGACUUUGUCGGGCCUACUGAACUUCAUAGACGGGCUUUGGUCGACUUGUGGUGAUGAGAGGAUAAUUGUUUUCACCACUAAUCACAAGGAAAAAAUCGACCCUGCACUUUUACGGCCCGGGCGAAUGGACAUGCACAUUCACAUGGGUUACUGCACGGCACAAGGUUUCGAAACCUUGGCAAAGAACUACUUGGGAGUAGUGGAGGAUCAUCAUCCGAUGUUUGGUGAGAUUAAGGAUUUGAUUGGAGAGGUUGAGAUAACGCCGGCUGAGGUGGCGGAGCACUUGAUGAGGAACGAGGAUGCUGACAUGGCACUUGAAGGUGUGGUGGACUUGUUGAAGAAGAAGAGGGAUGAGAAGAUUAAUAAUGGGAGAACAGAGGACAAGAAUAAAAGCAAGGAUGAUGAUGGGGCUGAUUGUGAGGAAAAUAAAAUCGAUCCUUCUGGAUAUGGACAUGAUGAGUUUGCGAAUGGAUAUGGACCUCUAAAUGAAAUUGCGAAUAUAUGUGCAGCUGCUCUAUCUGGAUGUGGAUAUAGUGAUGAAGAUUAA